AUGGUAGGAAUCUCCGAAGCAACAAUGAUGAUGCAAACAAUCACACAGUCUGGCGCCGGAAUGGCCGGCGCCCAAGCAAUCCACGCAAACGUCUACGCAACACAACCCCUCGCACGCUUCGGGUCCCGUGAACAAGUCACCGAAACGAUUCCCAACAUCAUCAACGGCAAAUGGCGCACGUGUUUUGGAGUCACAGAACCAAACACGGGUCUCGACACGCUGAAACUGCAGACUCGCGCGACGCUCAAUGCCGCGGGCACCCACUAUUCCAUCACGGGGCAAAAGAUCUGGAUUACAUGCGCGCAGGUCGCGUCGAAGAUGAUUCUGCUGGCGCGGACGACGCCGCUAGAGGAGGUGUCGAAGCCGACGCAGGGAUUGUCCAUGUUCUGUAUCGACAUUGACAAGACGAAGGCGGGCCUGGAGCUGAAGAAGAUCAAGAAGAUGGGCGGGCGCGCCGUGGAUGCGAACGAGGUGUUUUUCGACAAGUACGAGGUGCCUGCUUCCACGCUUGUGGGCAAGGAGAACGGCGGGUUCCGCCAGAUCCUGCACGGGAUGAAUGCGGAGCGGUGCCUGCUUGCUGGAGAGGCGCUGGGGCUGGGAUACGUGGCGCUGGAGCGGGCAGCAGAGUACGCGAAUGAGCGCGUCGUCUUUGGGCGCAAGAUUGGCCAGAACCAGGCGAUUGCGCAUCCGCUCGCUGAUGCGUAUAUGAAGCUCGAGGCGGCCAAGCUGGCGACGUACCAUGCAGCCAGGCUGUAUGAUGCGUCGAGGACGGAUGACUCGAUUCCCGUGCAUUCCGUGGGAGUUGCUGCGAAUAGUGCCAAGUAUCUUGCGGCGGAAGCGGCGUUUACGGCGUGUGAGCGUGCAGUGCUGACGCAUGGGGGGAUGGGGUAUGCGAUGGAGUAUGAUGUCGAGCGAUGGCUGCGGGAGGUGCUCGUUCCGCGCAUUGCGCCGGUUAGUCGGGAGAUGAUUCUAAACUAUGUCAGCGAGAAGGUUCUGAGUCUGCCGCGGAGCUAUUAA